AUGGCUGGUUACAUGCUGCAGCUACUCUUUACCUCUUCAUUGGUCCUCCUUUCUUCAGUAACAGUUUAUGGUAGCAAACCAAAGAAUGUCCUCUUCAUGCCAGUUGAUGACUUGAGGCCUCAAAUGUUAGAAGCCUACGAUCAGGGCUACAUACACACACCAAACUUGGACAGGCUGGCUAAGGAGAGUCUAGUGUUCCAGAGAGCCUAUUGCCAGCAUGCUGUCUGCAUUCCAUCAAGAAACAGCUUCAUGACUGGUAAAAGACCUGAUACAACCGGUGUCUGGAUAGGACUGGGUAACUCUAGCUUCAGGGUGACUGGCCCGGACUGGAUAUCACUACCAGAGCACUUCAAGAAUAAUGGAUUCACCACUCUUGGAGGAGGGAAGACAUACCAUCCAGGGAGCCCUCCUGACUGGGAUGAGCCUAAAUCCUGGUCUCAAGAUCAGCCAUACUUUGCUUUUAAAGGCAGCAACUGUCCUAAGCCAAACAAGAUGAUGUUGGGUAGUCCUGAAGGCGACGUUUCCAAAAUAGACACUUGGUGUUUUUUGGAUGAGAAGGAUUAUCCUGAUAGUUAUCACUACGAUUGGAAGCUUGCUAACCACACAAUGGCUACACUCCAGUAUGUUAAAGAUAAAGGAGAUCCGUGGUUCGUAGCUGCAGGUUUUAGACGCCCUCACGUCCCUUGGAUGAUGCCAAAACGUUACUGGGACAUGUACAGUACUUCUGACAUCCCGACAGUACUUCAUAGAGAAAGACCACGUGGCUCACCUGACAUUGCGUUCCAUAAUCAAGGUGUGUUCCUCAAUUCCAAUGGCACCAAAUAUCUACCAAUGCCAACACCGUUUCCAUUUGAAAUACAGCAAGAGGUCCGUCAUGCUUAUUAUGCAUCAGUCUCCUGGGUCGACUCACAAAUUGGGCGAGUACUAAAUGCUCUUGAUGACAUGUCACUGACUGAUGAUACAUUGGUUGUAUUAUUUGGUGACCAUGGGUACCAAUUAGGUGAACAUGACUCCUGGCACAAACAGACAAACUGGGAGCUAGCAGCAAGAGUUCCACUGAUCAUUAGAGCACCAUGGAAGCCAACAAGUGCAGGCAAAAGAAGUUAUGCAUUGGUGGAGCUGGUUGACCUUUAUAAAACAAUAUCAGAGCUGGUUGGUGCUCUAUUACCUGGAGAUGAUAUUGAGGGAACUAGUUUUGCUGCAUUGUUUGAUUCGCCUGAUCUUAACGCUCAAGAAGCGGCCAAACUCUUAAACAAGACAGCUGCAGCUUAUUCACAGUAUCCACGCUGUCCUAAUAACAUGACGUAUCUUUGGGACGACAACAGCUGCAAUAAAGGUGACAAAACUAUUUACAUGGGAUACUCUGUACGUGUGCCUAAUUGGAGGUACACUGCAUGGAUGGAAUGGGAAGAUGGUAAGGGGAAAUGGGACAAGAAGCCGUACGCUAUUGAGUUAUAUGAUCAUCAUCAAGAUGACGCGCCUAAUGGUGGGACUGAGAAUGACUUCAAUCAAUGUGAGAUAGAGAAUGUUGCAGAGAGUAAUUCAGAUAUUGCGAAAAACCUUCAACAACAGCUGAAGGAUUUCUUUGACAAAUAA